GCGAAACGUCUACCGUGCGUGCGUGACGUCACGGCUGUUCUUGUUUUGGCUGUUAGUUUCGUUAUUCGCGGAUUUUCAGUUCGUCGAGAAAACCUCCAGCGACGGUUUCCUCCCGACGAAGCUGCGCCGACCGCGAGCGUCUGUCUGUGCGUUAGCCCAUCGACAUGUUGGCCCUGGAGCCGCGGGAAGCACGGGAAUACUGACAGAAAUGGUACUGAUGGAGCAGUGACCCAGUGUAGGUGGCUUCAGGGAGCUGGUAAGUGUAGUUUCACGAUGGCAGAUGGGGGCAGCGACGACGAUGUAAUACACCUGGCAAGUUUCAACAUCCACCGCAGCCAAGGCUCCCGUGCCCGUAAGAGGGAACUCAUCACCAUUUCUGACGACUCGGACGAGGAGCCUGUGACUCUGGUACCAGGGAGUCCUGUUUUAGUCCCGGAUGAUGCCGAUGACGACGUCAGCAUAGUUGAGCAGCUGACUCCCGCACGCAGACAUCUGAUUCGCCCAGCAGCGAAAUGGAGUGGAGCUUCUCAAAACCUAAUCCAAGUUGUAGUUCAUACUACAACUCCCGGAGUUCCCACAGGGGACCCUAGCUCUGUUCCCUCCACCUCCAGAGAUACCAAUGCCAACUCCUCCGCAGGAAGGCCAGCCAUACGAACACAAACAACAGUGCAGUCGGGCACUUCUGGAAACACACAGCCACAACCAGGCUCCUCUUCGUGCAAACUGACCCCGUCAAAACUGACCUUGACAAAAUCACAGAAACAGGACGGUACAUCAACACAUACAAAUGUGGAGCUCCAUGCAGUCUCUUCUGUCCAGAACCCAUCUACCUCCACAAAUUUCAAGGCUAACGCCAUCUCAUGCAGAACACCUAUUCAAGUACUUGUUCAACCUCAGCCCAGCACAUCUGGGCUAGCACAACCUAAAGCAGGCUCUUCAGCACAUGUACCGGUGGAGGCCCAGGCAAGUACCUCUGCUGGUGCCACACACUCUUCUUGUGCGGUUGCAGUUAGAACAACAAACUCUUCUACAAAGACUCAAGAACAGCCAAGUACAAGUACUCAUUCACAAGACAAUCCUCAGGCUAGCACUUCAUCUGCACAGUCUCACACGCGGACACAGCCUCAGCCCGGUACAUCAGCACAGCUCCAGACCACUGGGAUGACAACCCAACAGCCCCACUUCAUCCAGGUGAAGGAGGUGAAGCUACUUUUUCUUCCGCAACAGCUGAACAUCCAAGCCUCUGCUCUAAUAGCCCAGCCCCAGCUGCAGCUCAGGACCCAGAACGUGCCGCAGACAUUCAACCGAAUGCAAGGCAAUCUCAUUCAGAUUGAGCCACAGCCCUUGGCCCAAGCCCCUGCCCAGCUCCCAGUCCAGGCAACACAUCCCCCUCAGGUGAUACCGAUGAUCCCCCCUGCAGUGCUAAUAGCUGCAGCCCCAGAGAGACUAGGACCUCCAGAGGCUGGUCACCGGAUCAUCCUUGGGAGCCAGGCACCUGGACAGGCUGUUCCCAAUCCUCCACCACAAGCUGGUGGCUCCAGUGUGGGUCCACCAGCCCGCAGCCUCAACAUUAGGGUAUCCAAUGUGAACUUUAACCUUCCCGUUCCUCCAGCUCCAACAGCUUCAGUCCCUCACAAUGGAGGGGUGGCUCGUCUCCUUAUGGUCCCGAACCCAGAGAGGCUCAAUCCAGCCCCUGGUCUGGUUGUGGUCCCCCCUGCACCAGAGGACAUUCCCAGAAUAGAGGAUGCAAGGCCUGGUCCCUCUGUACCACGAGAGAAUCCAGAGCGGCCUCCUCACGUCACAACCCUCAUCACUGGUGUUCUGGAUCUAUUCCCAGAUGUUCAAGAAGCCUAUGUAGCAGAACUGAUCCAAAGGAAUAAUGUGAAAGACUUGAAUGUUAUCUGUAACCUGCUGUUGGAGAACCCAGAGUAUCCAAGGAGGGAGACUGCAGCCGCCAAUGCAGCUCCCACCAGCAUCCUCCUGGAGUCUGGAGACACCCAGACAGAGGUGAGCGAGGACCUGUUUGACUUUACCAAGCUGGGCGCAGUGGGACCUGAGGCUGUGAUGCAAGCUGCCGACCUGCUCAUGGCAGACUUCAGGAUGCUCAGCUGUCAGGACAUCAAAUGGGCCCUCAAUGCUCUGAAGGGACACUAUGCAAUUACACGCAAGGCCUUAUGUGAAGCUCUGAAGAAGUGGAAGGAUUCAGGCGACCCCUCAGGAAAGAGACGACGGAGCAGAGCCUCCUCUGAGCGCUGCUACAUUGAUUUCCAUUUCGAGCAUGGUUCAGUGAAGUUUGAGAAGAGGAUGUAUUUCUUGGAGAACGACCGUCGCUACUACAGGACGUACAGCAAUCUGGAAGCUUCUGUGCAGAAGGAGCUGUCGUUCUAUCAGCAGAAAGCCAAGGAAUGGGCAGAGCAUGAGGACUUCCUCUUGGCACUGCAGGUCAAUGAAGAUGAAUAUAAGAUGGACGGCCAGCUGAUCGAGUGUGGCUGCUGCUACGGAGAGUUUGCGUUUGAGAAGAUGACGCAGUGUUCAGACGGUCACCUGUUCUGUAAAGACUGCCUGUUGAAAUAUGCUCAGGAGGCAGUGUUUGGCUCAGGAAAGUCGGAGCUGAGCUGCAUGGAGGGGGGCUGCCUGUGCUCUUACCCAGUGUUUGAGCUGGAGAAGGUCCUUCCAGAGAACAUACUGUGUAAAUAUUAUGAGAGGCAGGCGGAGGAGGCGGUCGCUGCCACCUGUGCUGACGAACUAGUGCGGUGUCCGUUUUGCAACUUCCCCGCCCUGUUGGACAAAGAUAGGUCUCUGUUCAGCUGUCCUAACCCUCGGUGCCGCAAGGAGAGCUGUAGAAAGUGCCAUGUCCAGUGGAAGCAGCAUGUGGGGAAGACGUGUGAGCAGGUCCUGGAGAGAGAUGAGAUCCGCAUGAGGGUGCUCUUUGAGGAGCGUAUGACGGCGGCUCGAGUGAGGAAGUGUGUGAAGUGCGGGACGGGCCUGGUCAAGUCGGAGGGCUGCAACCGCAUGUCGUGCCGCUGCGGCAGCUUCAUGUGCUACCUCUGCCGAGAGCCCAUCACCGGCUACAACCACUUCUGCCAGCACGCCCGCUCUCCUGGCGCGCCGUGCCGUCACUGCCGCAAGUGUUCCCUCUGGACCGACCCCACGCAAGAUGACGAGCGAAUCAUUCAGGAGAUCCAGAAGGAGGGUGAGGAAGAGCUGAAGAAGAAAUGUGCAGAUAAUUCAGGGAAGAGGGUGGGUCCUCCUCUGGAGCCCGUCGCCGACACCAAGCGGCCGCGGGUGGGUCCGCCGCCCGAAAACCCCCCCAUCCCCCUGGCACCUCCUCCCCAGGCGGUGCAAGCUCCCCUGUUCGUCCCUCCGCGCGCCCGCUACCCCCCACCUCCUCCUCAGGGCAGGAUAUACCACCAGGUGAUUGUGCCUCGGCUGCCCCCGGCUCCCUAUGUGCCCCCCCUGCAGCACCUGCCCCCGAUCAAUGACAACAACAAUCACCACCACCUCAACGCUCCCGUCAACCCUCAUCACCACAACAUCGACGUAAUGGACCUGCCCAUGCACUACGGACCCCCGCACCGCUACUACAGACGCUUCUAACAGACGUCCUUCUAACAGACGCUCUGUGACGAGUGUGAGAAUUCGGCUACAUCCACACCGCGACGCUCUCGUUUGAAAACGCAUCAGCUCUGCUACUGAUACACCUGAUGUGUUGUAGAGCCGCUGAAACGGAGAAGUGGUGAAACGCUGCCGGCCCCGUUUUAGUUUGAAACCUCCCGGGCUGUGUUUUAAUCCGACUGGGCGGAAACUGAGAUGUGAGGAAACGAUGACAGAGACACUCACAGCUCGCUGAUUGGUUCUUUUCCUGUCACGACGUAGCCUUUGCUGAUUCGUCAGGCUCCUUUCAAGUAUUAGCUUCAGCUUCCAGCGUAGAACACGACAUGGAUACGUUGAAUAGACGUGUGUAGAAUAACAAGCGUUGCUGACCCUGUUGCCGUUGCUAACAGCUGUUGUGCAGUUAAAUUCUGUAUUUUACAACGAUACAACUGUUUAUGUGUAUAGGUGACGAGUUCGUUGACUUGUUUGUAGCCUUGCUGUUUCUGCAAACUAACACCAAAUGCCCUGUGUACGCGAGUGGUCACGUGUUAUGCGUUUGCAGGCGUGGUUGUAUCGACAGGGAUUAAAACUGAUAAGGAGCCAAAACACAUGUGUGGACGGAUCAUUUUAUUUUGACAAGGUAGUCUUAGUGUGGAUGUAGCCUUAAUCCUGUUGCGAUUAUGUCCUCGUCGGACUCACGUCCUCACGUCCUGUUACUACAGUUCUACUUCUGAUUUCAGUGGCGGGUUUUGAGAUCUGAUGUUCUUUUUUUCCGUGAGCAUCACCUUUUUCCUGUUCCUUUUCUCGUCCUGUUUCACAUCUCGGGUCUCGGACCUUCUGCUCGACGCGUCCUUUUGGCUUCAGAUAGUAAAACACACUGAAAUGAUUGAUACACACACGCACACGCACACACGUUCAGACACUUUGCCUUCUCCUGGUGAACUUGGGGCUUAGGAUCCUCACGUUACAUGUUCCAUCGUUCCUCUUUAUAUGCGUGAAUAUUUGGGUUGAACUGACAAAUGGUGGAGAAUCUUGAGACGGGUCGGUCCCUGUUUGUACAGAUAUUUUUGAGACAAUAAAAAAAAAGACAAUUAACAUUCCCUCCUGUAUCUUUUUGUGUAAUGUGUGAGACCACACGAUUUUCUAAUAAAGCUUUGUGUUCA